AUGGGUGCAUGCCUCCAGUCGCUAAUAACUACGAGUAUUGAACGUUUAACUUUGUUUCGCAUUGCGAGCACUCUGAAAUAUUCUACGAUGACCUAAUGGUGAUUACCACAUUAAUGGAUCUUUGGGAUGAGAAGAAAAGAGCCCUAAGGGCCCUGGACUACUUCAAAUUUCUGGACAAUGAUCAAAUCGUUGAUGCUUGCAAAGUCGGAACCAUUAAGCAAUAUGAUCCGUUGGAGACAAUCUAUCAUGAGGAUAAAGGCACUUUAACAAAUGUACACUUUGUGCUUAGUGGAGAAUGUCUUUUACUUCAAUGCCUUAACAUGACGUUCACCUUAAAAAAUGGAAAAAAGAUUUUUCAUCUGACUGAUGCAUCAGAAGGAGGUAUUUCUUUCAUGAACACUAUGAAAGUCUCAUCAAACUCAACCCCCAAUCAGCUGACAGGACAAUGUGCUUUAAAUAAAAAUAGUUUGAGCUCUGGCAUAGAGGAAAAAAAAACUAACAAUUCUCUCAAGUCUGUGGCUAAACAAAAUGAAAGUCAUUUGAUUGAUGUUGGAAAACUUACAUUUGGAGCAAUAUUUGGAUUGGGAGAGAACAUGCAGCAUCGCGUAAUAAUGGCACGAACCAGAGUUCAGUGUUUAUUGCUUCCCAGAUUUUUCUUAUUAGAAAAAAAGCAAAACCCAGGAAACAUUUGGCAGCGCCGAUUGUUUUAUCUAGAUUUUACUAUACCUUCAAGGGAAUCUCUGUUUUCCCACUUCCUUAAAUGUCGUAAUUGGAAAAAAUUUAAAUACGAUAUUAUUCAAAAAGGUUUAAGUUCGUCUGUAAAUUUUAUAUCUCGAUAUGAUGAUAUACCAAUUAUAUGUCGAAUUGUGGAAGCUAAUGAAUAUAACACUACUCGACAAAACUGAACUUUUUUUCCGUUUUUUACCGACAUUUUCUGAUA